GUAGGUUGCAUUCGGAAGGGAAACAACGGAAGAAGUAGAGAAAAAAUCGACUGCUGCGCGUCGCGAGUGGUGCGUGUGGAUUUAGUAAAAUGUUUUCUCUCAAUUGCAGCGGAAGUCGGCGAAAUAAUGACGGAAACGUUUCCGCUGCAUGAGUGCGUCUUUAACGGUGAUACUCGAAAGUUGUCGCUGUUGCUGCGAACGCACGAAAUCGCCGAAAAGGACAAGCAUGGAAACACACCACUCCAUUUGGCUGUUAUGCUAGGAAAGAAAGAAUGUAUCUUCCUAUUGCUUGCUCACGGCGCACCAGUUAAAGUAAAAAAUUCACAAGGAUGGUCUCCUCUAGCGGAAGCGAUCUCGUACGGAGAUCGACAAAUAAUCAGUUCACUGUUGCGAAAGCUGAAGCAACAGGCCCGCGAACAGAUGGAGCAACGGCGCCCGAACCUGGUUAAAGCUCUGAAACAGAUGGGCGAUUUCUAUAUGGAGCUGAAGUGGGAUUUUCAUUCCUGGGUACCACUAAUCUCGCGCAUACUUCCCUCGGACGUUUGUAAAAUCCAUAAAUCCGGCUGCUCGAUUCGGCUCGACACGACGCUGGUCGAUUUUUCCGACAUGCGCUGGGAGCGGGGUGACAUUUCGUUCAUUUUCAAGGGCGACAACCCACCCAAGGACUCGCUGACGGCCCUGGACAAUGAGUGCCGUUGCUACCAGCACGUCCGGCACGAGGAGACGGAGAUGGAGAUCGAGGAUGAGGUCGACAUCCUAAUGUCGAGCGACAUUCUCGCAGCACAGAUGUCAACCAAGGGUAUUAGUUUUACGAAAGCACAAUCGGGCUGGAUCUUUCGCGAGGAUCGGCGCGAAACGGUGGCCGGACAGUACGAUAGCGAUCUCUACACGAUAAACGGCUUGACGCUGGAGCAGCGCAAGCGGCGCGAGCAUCUGUCGCGGGAUGAUCUGCAGAAAAACAAAGCGCUAAUGGAAUCGCUUACGAAGGGCGGACAAAGUCAGCAGGGCGGUAUCGAUCAGAACGGGGAGAUUUAUCGAAGGGAGUCGCUGCAGCCACCGCCCAACAGUGAGGUUACCUGGGAGGAGUACGUUUCGGCUGAGCCGGGCCAGUAUCCCAACUUAGGUCGUGAACUAGUGUAUAAGGAAUCAAGCAAAAAUUUUAAAGCAACCGUAGCUAUGAGCAAAGACUUCCCGCUGAGCGUAGACAUGCUGUUGAACGUGCUGGAGGUAAUAGCACCAUUCAAGCAUUUCAGCAAGUUGCGUGAAUUCGUGACGCUGAAACUACCCAGCGGCUUCCCGGUGAAGAUCGACAUCCCCAUCCUGCCGACAGUGUCGGCCAAGAUCACGUUUCAAAAGUUCGAAUUCCGGAACGAUAUUUCGCCCGAUCUGUUCGUCAUUCCGGAGGACUACAAAGAGGACACGAUGAGAUUUCCUGAUUUAUGACCUUUCGAUAUCGACCGACUAAAGUCACGCGCGCUGCUGUCUGCUGCCUGCAGCCAACCUGGACAAACCGUACCGCGGCCGCCACUGCGUUGCGUGGGUCAACAUUUUGCAGUGGCCGGGAUGCGGGAUGCUCGUGUUCAUCUCCUCUGCAAUUAUUGAACCGUUCGUGUGGAUGGAUCGACGAUCGUCUUUUUUUUUGUUGUGGAAGGUAGGCCCCAAAAUGCCUUACCCUUCCCCCCAUCCAAACUCAAUGCUACCGGUUUCUGGUUAAACAAAUGCGCAGAUUUGCGGAAGAGCAACUGUACUGUUGUGAGGUUGUACUAGUGUGAAAUGGCUGCAAAUUGUGUCGAUUAAAAAGACGGCCGAACGGUAUUAAAAUUGAUAGCUAUAGUAUUUUAUUAUCCUACCCAUGUUCUAUCUGAAGUGGCAAUAUGUAAGCGAAGGAAAGAUUUUCACAACAACAACAACAAAAAAACAAACAAAUGGAAGGGUAUCUUCUUUCUUCCGUACGUACUUUUCCUCUUUUAGGCCACUGUUUGGAUCUCCUAUUAUUUGUAAAGAAAGUAUUGGAAGAGAGUCAUCUAAACAACACUCACACACUUACAGGGCAAUUUGACAGGAAUUUUGUUUAAUAUUAUGUUUAUCUUACAUGUUUCCAGCUGACCAAUAUCUGCAAUAGGGAGGAAGUGAGAUGCAUGUGAAAUCAAUCGCUAGGGAAAACAAAGAACAUAAAAGCAAUGUAUAGUUCUACUUGGAACCGAAACGAACCUGAAACACACAUACCAAACCAGGGCGGCAACAAGAGGCAGGAAUACAAAUUUUUGGUGUACGUAGAGGUAAAACGAAUUUAUCGCAAAUUUGGCAAACAAACAUAUUAACUAAAGAAACCUAUACACGAUGAAGCAUAUGCUGCGGAGCAACAUUUUACCAAACAUCAUUAAACCAUUACCAACACGCCCGAGAACGGGGACGUUGUUUGAUAAUCGUGCAAACCUUGCCGGUAUGUAAUCGUUCUACAAAUCCCAUCCAUUUGUCUAUUACUGUAUUGUUUUACCGUGGCACUGUGAGGUUCGGUGGUAGCGAUUGGUUUAAUUUUUCUCCAAAGAAAAAAAAAACCCGAACCAGGUGCCGGUCUCUGAACUAGCAAUCGGAUUGAUGCAGCGAUUGUUGCAGCACUGUGUUCCAUUGUUUGGCCUAUACGGCAUGCGUGAAGCAGACCAGAUGCGAGGACAAACAUACAACAUUCACGUAUCGCCCAAAAACCACUAAGGCAGAAGAAACGAUUGGUCAUCGUGCCUGUUGGAAGGCAGGAUUCGAGGGCAACAACGAUAGAAUGCAAAUGCGCACGAACGCUUGCUACCAACCAAACGGAUACUACUUACGUGCGGAAGUAAAAGCGGAAAUUUGUAAGAUGUUUCUUAGGCAGAAUAACUGGGCAGGGAGCUGGAAUGGUGGAUUUCGUGGAGAAGACAAAGAAAGCAAAGACAAAGAUAUAUUAACUUAA